UGUGUGUGUUGGGGGUCGGUUUCGGUUUCCUUUCACAAGAAGUAGCCGCCCGCUAAGUUAAUAAGGCAAGCUCUCACCAGCAAGAGCGUCAGUGCAAAGCAAGAGCAUCCCGAAUUGCUUGAGUAAAGUCGAUUAAGAUGGAUCCAGUGACGCUUAUUGGAGCUGGUGUAGGAGCAGUCUUAACAGUCGCUGCAGCUCCUGCUGUUCUAGCAGCCGCAGGUUUCACCGGCGCAGGAAUUGCUGCAGGUUCUGUUGCCUCCUCUUUGAUGUCAGCUACUGCUGUCGCUAACGGAGGAGGGAUUGCAGCAGGAUCCGUGGUUGCAACUCUUCAAGCUGCUGGUGCUGCUGGAAUCCCUUUGGUAGGUCAAGCCAUCGUGGGGACUGUGGGAGCCGUGGUGGGUGCCGUUGCCAGUAUGGCCAGCAACUGCACUCAGUGACCAGUUCAUUUUAUUGAAUCAGUAACUAGUGCUGUAAAUGUAUCUCUUUAUAUGUUCAUUAUCUCGUUGUCUGUCAUGGUGAUCAGAAUCUCUUGAAUGUUGUUCUGUAUCAGUAGCCCUAGGUUUAGGUGUGUAUGAGAUCUUCUUUUAAUACACACCUGCGUUAAAGAUGCUGUUUUUAGCACUGACAAUAGAAAAAGAAGAAAAAACAUAUUAGAUCUUUCUGUCAUUUCUUUAGCUAUCAUAAACCAAUUUUGUGUUAUAAAAUGUUUCAUUGAGUUAGACUAACUGUCAUUAGGAGAAUUUUGUUGAAUAAUGAAAAGGGGUUUCUUCGAUUUCCGCACAAGAGUAACAUUCUGUAACCAUAGGCACUAUUUUUCAUGUGGUCACCAAAAUAAAAGUUUAUAAAUAGGGUUCUUCGAAUGGGUUCUCCACCACAGGUUUCCUACAGAGGAUGGCUUUCCAAAAGUCUUUUGCAAGCACCAUGUAUGUGUUUGCAAAUCGUUUUGUUUGGACCUGCACAAUAUGUAUGUAGAGACCUUGUUUAGUAAACCUAAUAAACAAUUGAAAUAAUGU